AUGGGGAACUGUCUGCACCCGGUGGAAACCUCCUUUUCACUAGACGAGAAUGGAUCUCAGUUUUCUUCGGAGUUUUGGAUUUAUUCUUAUGAAGAUAAUGCCACCUAUGAAGUAAUGGAUAACUUCAGCAUUGGAGCAGCUGCUCCCUGCUACUCCUGUAAUCUUCUUGACAGUUCUUCACUGCCCUUCUUCAUCCUCACCAGUGUCCUGGGCGUGCUGGCAAGUGGUACCGUCCUCUUCGCAAUUCUCAAACCUCUCUCCCACUGGCAGAUCUGCCCCAGCUGGCCUAUUCUGGCACAGUUGGCAGUAGGCAGCGGCCUCUUCAGCUUUGCCGUGCCUGUCCUAGCACCGGGGUUAAACACUGCCCAUAGCACAGGCCUGUGUUUCCUAGGCUACUGGAUCUGGUACACGUCAGCUUUCGCCCAGGCUCUGCUGAUAGGGUGCUAUGCCUGCCUGACCCCCAGACUGGGUAUAGGUCAAAUCCGUAGCCACACCUUGGGACUCACUGUAGGACUUUGGGGAGCAGCUCUCCUGUUAGGGCUGCCGGUCACCUUGGCCAGUGACGUUUACAAUGGUCUCUGCACCCUUGCGUCCAACAAGCACCUGGAAGCUUUGAAGUUCACACAUUCUGCAAUCUGUUUUACCAUCUUCACUGUGUUACCACUGGCUCUUUUGGCAGCCAAGGGGGUGAAGAAGGCAUUGAGCAAGGGGCCAGGCCCCUGGGUUAGUGUCCUGUGGAUCUGGUUCAUUUUCUGGUGGCCUCAUGGGAUGGUUCUCUUAUAUGAUGCCUUCGUGAGGUCCAAAACAGUGCAUCUGCAAUCAUGUCAAUCCCAGAAGAUUCUAGAUGUGAUGCUGAACCUGGCAGAAGCCCUGGCUGUAUUGCACUGUGUGGCUACGCCCUUGCUCCUGGCCCUGUUCUGCUACCAGACCACCCGUAGAUCCUUGCCUUCUCUGUCCCUCCCUGCAAGACAGUCUUGUCAUACGGAUGCCUUUGCAGUUAAAUCCUAG